UCCCUAAUGCCAGGAUGUGGGUGUGGGAUGGGAUGGAUGAAAACGUUUGCGUGAUUGUUGUAGUUGUGUGCAAAGUGUUCGAAGUGUCAGUUACAUCUUAAUUUGUGUUAAUUCUACGGCACCGGCUGCCUAAAAAGUCGUUUAUUACCAUUCCUCCUGCUUUGAAUGGUAGCGCCCCUUCUUCCUGAACCAUGACGGGAUUCGGUCACAAUACUUCUCCCUCUGUUGACCUGAGCUCCUACCGUGAUCAGCAUUUUAAAGGAUCAAGAGCUGAACAGGAGAGGCUUUUACGUAAUACUACUACUAUUUAUGUUGGCAAUUUGUCAUUUUAUACCACUGAGGAGCAAAUUUAUGAACUCUUCUCAAAGUGUGGAGAUGUUAAAAGAAUAGUAAUGGGCCUGGACAAAUAUAAAAAAACGCCAUGUGGAUUUUGUUUUGUAGAAUAUUAUCUAAGAGAAGAUGGAGAAAACUGCAUGAGAUACAUUAAUGGGACAAGACUUGACGACCGCAUUGUGCGAACAGACUGGGAUGCAGGUUUUGUUGAAGGGAGACAGUAUGGCAGAGGCAAAUCUGGUGGACAAGUUCGAGAUGAAUACAGAACAGAUUAUGAUGGUGGAAGAGGUGGCUACGGCAAACUGAUGCAACAGAAAGUUGGUGGACCUGUGCAAGACAUUGCUGUCUUUAGAAGUUGAUUUGAUUGUGAGUGUUACUCACAAAUCCUCUUUAUUUUUAUCAACCAAAUCGGGCAGUUUUCUCAGUAUAUGAUAAUGCAAGAAGUUUGUAUUUACUCAUAUUUAAAAUUUAUAUUGACACACUUAUUUCUUUUAGAAUGUACACAUUUUUGUAUUAUGUAAAUUAUGGGAUUACUGCCAUGCUAUCUGCUGUUGAGUUCAUACCAACAGAUUUUCACGAGAGCAGAA